UCGGUACCGAAAACAUCACAAAAUAGAGAUUAUUUAUAAACACUUCCGGGAUUGCAACGAAAUCACGAACUAAAAUGAUUCAUGUAUAACACUGCGUUGCGAAAUCUAUUUCUUUGUACAAAUGGGUAUAUAAAAAGUGACGUUUGCUUUCCAUUCCGAACGUCGUUAGCGAUGUCGACUGCAGACAUGAACCCUACUAACGAAAAACAGUCUGCCAGCCCAAGGGCCGAGGAAAGCACUCGUGGAGCAACAUCUCUCGAAGAAGCAAAACAAAAAUACGAAUUCUUCUGGAAAAUUCAUUCUCCCUUCAGUCAGUGGUACCCAGCAAGUUUCGAGGUGAAUGGUCAGAAGUACAACUGUGCUGAGCAGUACAUGAUGUACCAGAAAGCAGUGCUGUUUGCUGAUGAGGAAAAUGCUGCAAAAGUUCUCAAGACACAGGAUCCUAAACAACAGAAGUCCCUUGGUCGGAAAGUGAAGAACUGGGAUGAUAAAACAUGGAAGAAUAACUGCCACAGAAUCGUAGAGGAGGCGAAUGAAGCCAAGUUUGGUCAGAAUGAGGGCCUGAAGAAGCAGUUAUUCGCGACAUACCCCAAGACUCUGGUAGAGGCCAGUCCGGCGGAUGCUAUAUGGGGGAUAGGGUACGCGGAGGACCACGUCAACGCCUGGGAUGAGAGGAGUUGGAAGGGGACCAACUACCUGGGGUUUGCCUUGACAAGGGUUAGGGAGAAACUGAUGAAGCAAGACGAACUCAAAUGAACAUUUACCAUAAUACCUCUGUAGUACCAUCUCUCAGCCACAUGCUUGCUGCAUGAUGGACAACCAGCCCUAGAUCAUGGUGACCAUGGUGACAAGAGUGUUUCAAAGUGUUGCUAGGUUACCCACCGGAUGGGUGUCAAUAUCUACAACAAUUAAUUGUUAGAUUUUGCAUCCAAAUUUUCAAUUAUGUAAGCUGGGAGAUAUUAUUUGUUAAAUGUUUUUAAACAGGUUGUUAAAGAUGGACGUGACCUUCUGAUGGAUGUGAAUCAUGGGGUAGAGAUGCAAGUGUUUUAAUUGUUUCUGUUUUAUAAUUUACUGCCAAACUUUCGUCACAAGAGGCUUUUGUCUCAGGCCAUGCUUCCAUGCUGUGGAAAAAAAAAUUGAAAUACCGUCAGAGAUGUUGUUAAACAAGGACUUGUAUAGACUUAUUAUUUUUUCAGAGUAGUUGAUAUUAUU